AUCUUCACACUCUUGUUCCCAGGGGCAAGGAAGCCCGAGUCGCCUUGUAAGUCUACACUUGAUCAAUCGACUGCUAAUCUUUUACUAAUGAUUAGCAGUCAUGGACACCACACUCUCCGCAGAGCUUUCAGCCUUCCGAGACUUCUGGACUCAGGAAGGACAGAAUAUAGUCACAAGCAUAGUGGACGCGAGCAUGCCCUCAUGGGGCCACCCACAUGAACAACUCGAAGACUUUGCAAGACAGGUUUUCCAGACAGCUUCGGAGCACUUGUUCCACCAGUGGCAGAACCGAUCCCGUUCUGCCGCAAGUGCGCCGGCUAUGGCAAAUCCGCCAGUGCUUCCACCCACUCCUACUUCUACCUUUAUCCAUGAUCUGAACGACAUGGGUAUCGGUGGUGCUUUUUCCGGUAUGAAUGACGAGGAACCUUUACUGCCAGCGUCGCAGCAGCUCCAGGAUGUUGAUAUGCAGUGGAUGGGUAGCGAACCCCAGCAACAACUGCAGCAGAUGAUGUAUUUUGGAGAGAUACCCCAUAUGGAUCAGCAGCAACAGUUCUGGAACGAUCAUGGUGUGUUGGAUGGGAUGGGAGGUUGGUCGCGUUGAAGAUUAUAGAAGGAGUUUUGUAUGCGGCUGAUUAUGUUUUGAUGACUGGUGACGAUAACGCUUAUGUAUAGAUAGCCUUGUUGUACAUGUUCUUCGUCUUGGGUAUACUAGAGGGCGUUAUGAAUAUUUCAUUAGAAAACCGGUUAGGAUAGCUUUUGUCAAGCGGAUUUACUUUAAUCGUCUGUGAAGCGAAUAUCCAGAUCGCCUGCUAUAAGACCAGCUAUCUUG